AUGUGUGAAGCAGUGUACGAUAAUUAUACAGAAAAUCCUGAAGCUUUUAUGAAAUUUUUAGAGGAAUCAGAGAAGCCAUUGUACAAGGGAUGCGAACGUUACACAAAGUUGAGUGCACUUGUUAAACUAAAGCAAUAUGAAAACUGCGUAAGUUGCCCUAGAUGUGGCUUGUCACGGUGGAAGCUAACCAAAAACAAGGUUGAGAAGAAAGGUGUUCCUGCUAAGGUGGUUUGGUAUUUCCCUCCCAUUCCAAGAUUUAAGCGCAUGUUUAAAUCUUUAGAGACCUCGAGAAAUUUAACAUGGCAUGCAGAUUCUACAAGAGUUGUUGGUCAGUUACGUCAUCCAGUUGAUUCACCGUCAUGGAAGUUGGUGGAUCAUAUGUGGCCUGAAUUUGAAAGUGAGCCAAGAAAUCUUUGCCUAGCACUUGCAGCUGAUGGCAUUAAUCCUCAUAGCAACCUUAGCAGUCGGUACAGCUGUUGGCCAAUAAUGUUGGUCAACUAUAAUCUACCUCCAAAUAUGUGCAUGAAGAGGAAAUACAUCAUGCUAACUAUGCUCAUUUCAGGGCCUAAGCAGCCUGGAAAUCAUAUUGAUGUCUAUCUGGAGGUGCUAGUUGAAGAUUUGCAACGAUUAUGGGAAGGAGUUGAUGGAGUCUAUGAUGCUUAUCGAAGGCAAAUGAAGGAGUUUAAUGGCAUGGAGGAACUUGAAGAAGCAGCUAGACCAUUAUCUGGGAUUAAGUUGUUUGACAAACUUUCUGACAUAAGGUGUGAGUUUGGAAAGAAGAUAAGUGUGAGAGGGAAAAUAAAGAAGGCAAAGGCUAAUAAGUUGGAAGCCAAUAUAGAAGAAAAAGAUUUAGGAGCAACAAAUUUCAGAAAAUGUUGGAAGAAGAAGUUAAUCUUUUUUAAUAUUCCUUACUGGAAACACCUGCAUGUAAGGCAUUGUCUUGAUGUUAUGCACAUUGAGAAAAAUGUCUUUGAAUCCCUCAUUAAUACUUUGAUGAAUGUUAAAGGAAAAACCAAGGAUAAUGUGGCAGCUAGAUUGGACAUGGUUGAGAUGGGAAUUAGGCCUGAAUUAACACCUAUAGUUGGGGAGAAGAGAACAUAUCUUCCUCUUGCUGCGUGCUCAUUCACAAAAAAAGAAAAGUUGCAAGUGUGCAAGUCAUUAAAGGAUAUAAAAGUUCCAGAAGGUUUCUCUUCGAACAUGAAUAAUAUUGUGUGCAUGGAUCAGUUGAAGUUGACUUGCUUGAAAUCCCAUGAUUGUCAUGUAUUAAUGCAGCAUUUCUUGCCAAUAGUCAUACGUGAUGCACUUCCAAAACAUGUUAGAUAUGCCAUCAUAAGAUUAUGCUUCUUCUUCAAAGAUAUUUGUUGCAAAGUUAUAGAUGUAGCCAAGUUAGAUAAGCUGCAAUCUGACUUGGUUGUUACACUCUGCUUAUUGGAGCAAUAUUUUCCCCCAUCUUUCUUGGAUAUCAUGCUUCACUUAACUGUCCAUCUUGUUCGAGAAGUCCGAUUAUGUGGACCAAUUUACUUCAGAUGGAUGUAUCCAUUUGAAAGAAGCAUGAAGGUGCUUAAGAGUUAUGUGGGCAGUCGAAAACAUCCUGAAGGUUGCAUUGUUCAGAGAUAUUUAGCAGAAGAAGCAAUUGAGUUUUGUUCAGAAUAUCUUAAUGGCGUUGAUCCUAUUGGAGUCCCUCAAUCAAUUCGAGACUCGAAAGCAAAUAUUUCUGGCUUGCAAGCAUGCAACGCACCAAUUGUAGUGCAACAAGUUGAUCUGCAACAAGCACAUUUGACUGUGCUAGAAAAUAUGGAAGAAGUAUCUCCCUAUAUAAUUGAACAUAAAACAUUUUUGAAAUCAAUGUUUCCCAAAAAAGAGAAAGAUGAAAGGUGGAUACAAGAUGCUCACAACAAGAGGUUUAUUGAUUGGUUUCGUGCAAAGGUGGCUGCUGAAAUUGACAGUUGCAAUGGUGGAACAACAUCGACAUUAACAUGGUUGGCCCAUGGACCGCGUGUGCAAAUCCUUAAGUAUAAUAGUUAUGUGCUAAAUGGUAAUUUAUACCAAACAAAGGCGCGGGAUGUGUACAGAGUUUGUCAAAACAGUGGGGUUUCUUUAGUUGCCAACACAAUGCUUGUGUGUAGUGCUAAAGAUAAGAAUCCCUUGCUAGCUGAUGUAUCUUACUAUAGAGUGAUUGAAGAAAUAUGGGAAUUAGACUAUCAUCAAUUUCACGUUCCUCUUUUCAAGUGCGCGUGGGUUGCAAAUGAUAAAGGAAUAAUCAACAACGAUGAAUGUGGUUUCACCUUAGUUAAUUUGAACAAACGAGGACACAAGAAUGACGAAUUUGUGCUUGCAAGUCAAGUCAACCAAGUCUUUUAUAUUGAUGAUCCAUUAAAAAAUGGGUGGUCAAUUGUGCUCCCAGUUCCAAAUAGAUGUUAUGAGGGAGAUGAUGAUGAUUGGAGCAGUAUUCCAGAUUCUCGACCAAUCGAUGAUGUUGAUACUCAUUGUAUUCCUGCACAUGAAAGAUAUUUUAGAUCAGAAAUUGAGGGUGUAUGGGUCACAAAAAAGAAAAAAUGA